AUGAAAGCCAUACAAUAUCUAAGAACUGGAGGCCCAGAAGUGCUGGCCUUUGUAGAUGUACCGAUUCCAUUGCUGGGCAACGGCCAAGUGCUGGUCAACAACUUCUUUGCAGGAGUAAAUUUCAUUGACACGUAUCAUCGAUCUGGACUAUGUAAGAUCUCCUUCCUCUCUUCCCGUCUUGUUCUUCGUGGAUCAUUUCAGCCUCGCCAAGCUCGUCACGACUUUGAUAUCUUCACCUACGAACCUCUUGCUGAGUUUUUAUCAAUUUUUAUCGUUUCAGAUCAGGUUCCUAUGCCAUUCAUUCCAGGACGUGAAGGCUCGGGCGUGAUUGAGAAAGUUGGUGAAGGUGUCACCGAUUUCAAAGUCGGCGACCGUGUCGUGUAUAUGAGUGGAUCUUCUUAUGCUGAGAAGGUCGUAGUGCCUGCUAAGCUGGUAUAUCACCUUCCUCCGAAUGUCUCAUUUGAAGAUGGAGUUGCUGCCUUCUUGCAAGGUUUAACGGCAAUAAUGCUCGUGAAGCUGUGCCACCACGUCGAGCCUAGCCAGUACAUAUUGAUUCACGCUGCAGCUGGUGGAACAGGUAGAAUCAUUGCGAGUCUGGCUCGAGAUAUGGGAGCAAUUGUUAUUGGAACGACAUCAACUAAAGCCAAGGCAGAGACAGCCAAAGCUGCUGGCUGUCAUCAUGUCGUGUUGUAUACUGAAACGGAUCUUGUGAGUGAAGUCAUGAAGAUCACAAACAAACGGGGAGUCUCUGCAGUAUUCGAUGGAGUCGGAAAGUCAACGUUUGAUGCAUCAAUAGCAUGCCUCAGUCGACUUGGAUCGAUGAUUUCUUUUGGUAACGCGUCUGGUGCCGUUCCGCCUGUGGAACUCUUCAAGCUGUCACCAAAAGCUUUAAGGCUCAUGCGACCUACUUUGAACACCUUCUCUGAGGACGAGCCUCUAAUAAGGUCUUGGGUAGAUGAACUGUUUACAUUGCUCUCUCACAAGAAAUUCACAGUGUUGAUCCAUCAGAUCUAUCCGCUGGCGAAUGCAGCCCAAGCUCAGAUCGAUAUUACGGGCCGUGCUACUGAGGGAAAACUGCUCAUUGCUUGUAGUAAAGUUACCAGCAGGUUGUAA